AUGUCUCCAGUGGAUUCUGUUGCGCCCAAGAAGCGGUCCCGAAGCGCACAGAAUAGCCAGAAAGGCCAGAUGAGGGCAAAAUUAAAGCGAGACGGCCCAGAAACUAAUCUGCGCCAGAGCACAGCGACCAAUAUGUCAGAUGUAUCCCUGGAUACUGACCUUCACAACAUGGGAUCUGUCUCCCAGCCCCCAGAAGAAGAGAAUAUAUCGUUUCUCGAAGCGCUCAGCGCAGAAAGUCUCAACGGCAAUUUUAGUACCCACUUUGAUAUGUCAAUAUCCUCGUCCGAUUCGAAUACGAUCAACUGUGCUUCUGCGAACACCUGGGUGACGGAUUAUGAUUUUCUGGAUGAAAAUGCAGAAAUUCUCGACUCCUCGCUGCUUGGGUCAUCCUGCGAUCCAUAUUUAUAUCAAGCACCGGCAGAUCGCUUUGAUCAAACUCUCUUUUGCCACUAUAUGGAGAAUCUAUCUUUGCAGCUAUAUCCAAUCAAACUGGACAAUAAUCCUUACCGUAAAGUAUACGGAUCAUUGGCGACCGAGUCACAGCUUGUGUUCAAAGCGAUCUUGUUAGCCUCGGCUUUACAUCUUUCAAAGCUGGGCAAGUUACCAUCCUUUGCCGUCAAGCCUUACCGGUGGGCAAUGCAACGUUCGUUUCGGGAUUCCGUGCAAACGAAAAGCGCGGAGUGGAGUCUGGGAGCGACUGUUCUUCUUUCUAUCAUUUUCGAUGUGAUCGGUACUGGCACCGAUAAAUGGAGCUCGAAGCUCCUCGGAUGUCGUCAGCUAUUGGAACGGACGCUCUCAACUCGGGAUGGUAACGUGGAUGCAGGGCUCCGAUGCUUGCUGCUGCAGUACAACUGGGCAGUCACGAUGAGCAAAACAAUGCUCAGAGGAGUGGUCUCUGAGGCUGUGUUCGACGAAUUGAAAUGUAUCGACGAAAUCACAGCGCUCAGAGAUGUAGUUGCAGACGAGGACAUGGCCCUCCACCAAUCCCAGUGGUGGGAUGAUUUGCCUGACUAUCAAAUGCAUUUAUUCCUGCGCCAGGCCACGGAAUAUUCAAUUACAAUAGAGCAGCUGAAACUUUCCCCAGACAGCACAGACCAAAUACUUCAGAUGAUGCCACACGUGGCUCAGCUUGUCAACAAGAUACAAACUUGGAAGCCCAGGGCUGUGACGGUCCAGUCCAAAUAUAUGGAGUCGAUUCAUUACUUUAACGAAAUCUGGAGACUGGGCAUGAUAUGUUUGGUCCAUGGCGAGAUAUAUGGCUUAGAUUCGAGUGAUCACUUCAUUCAAACUUGCGUCGAGGAUGCCCUUGAUCAUCUUCGGAAGCUGACUUGGUUACAGGCUUGUCUGUUUCCGUUGUUUAUGAUUUCUGUGCAUGCACAAACCGCGAUUGCACGCGCUGCCUUUGAGUCCAAGUUGAAGAAAAUGCAUGAGUCAUCUGGAUUUCAAAGUUUGUUGUCAGUCGCGUGUGUUCUCAAGACGAUAUGGGAACGGUCUGAUGCCACUGUAGGAAGGAGGUUUAGAUGGAGAGAUGUCCUCAAAGAUCUGAACAUGGAGCUGAACAUCUUACUGUGA